AUGGUGGACGAGUCGGCACACGGCUUGUGCUUGUGGCUGUUGAUGCAGCAGCAGCGGGAUGGCGGGAACAAGAGCGCUGCGAUCCGUGCGGGUUCCAGUGAUGAGAUGUAUUGGCGCCACAGAUUCCGACGACCGACGGCGUCUGUUGCGGGCACAAGAGAAGAUGACGCAGCGGGCCGCAAGCAUGAACAGCGUGUUUGUAUUCGAUUUGAUCUGAAUAGUAGAGCAACAUCCACCCCUGUGGAAGCUGAGCGACGAACAUACCGGAAUGUUCCCAAAAAACACCACAUUUCGGAAAAAAUAUGUGAGGAACUUAAAAAGCACGCAGACGUCCACAUAACAAAAGAUAUUCUGAAGAAUCUUUUUUCGUCGAAACGGCGACAAUAUGAAGACGAGAAGCGCACGAAACCAGCAACAAACAGCGGAUCCGCGGCAAAAGUAUACACUGGAAAAUGGCAGUUUUACAGUGCCUUCACAUUCCUUGACCAAAACUGCCCGUCUGGCCCUGUCAUAAUUACUGGAUUGAAAGAGGCACGGCAGCGGGAUGAGGAGCACAGCAUACCUCCUGAGGUUGAGGAGCAGGAUGCAAGCGUAUUGCAUUCCCUGGAGCCUCUUCGACUUGAUGAAGGAGGAGGAGAAGAAACAAUGGGGCAACAGGAGUUCGACAGCUCGCCAGAUGAUGCAGCUAUCGUGUCCCCACGUCUUCCAGCUCCUCGUCAGCACAAGAGGAAAAGCAAGAACAGCGACGAAUGCAGUGAGAGGGCGGCGGCAUUAAAUGAAAUUGCAACGGCACUGGCCGCACCAUCACUACAGGCCGAUGAGUGUAGGUCCUUUGGCAAAUUGUUGAAUGCCGUCUACGUCAAAUGCCUGUGACACUACGAGACGAGGCGGAAGUAAGCAUACUAGCUUUGCUAAAUGAAAUCACAGACUGAUUGUGCCAAGUAUGAUCUGUAA